UCCGACAUGUCAUGGGAAGGAGAUCAAAUGUAUAGUCGGUUACGCAGGUAUUACAGCGUAAGACAAAAGUAAAGAGGCGAACAGAGAGCAGAUCUCAAAACCAUUUCAUUCAUGUCUUCACAUCCCAAAUAAUAUGGAUCGAUUACUGAAAGCUGCAAGAGCUUCCGGUUCUCUCAACUUAUCCAAUCGAUCUCUCAGAGAUGUUCCAGAAGAGAUCUACAGAAGCUUGGAUGCUGUUGGGGAGGGUGAAAAAUGGUGGGAGGCUGUGGAGCUACAAAAGCUAAUUUUGGCACAUAACAAUAUCGAGUCAUUGAAGGAAGAAGUGAGGAAUUUACCUUUAUUGACUGUGUUGAAUGUUAGUCACAAUAAGCUUACAGAUCUUCCGGCUGCAAUCGGACAGCUUUCUAUGCUGAAGUUGUUGGAUGUGUCUUUUAACUCUAUAGUGACAAUACCAGAGGAGAUUGGCUCGGCAACUUCUUUGGUCAAGUUUGAUUGUUCAAGCAAUCGUAUUAAGGAACUUCCAUCCUCACUUGGAAAAUGCUCAGAUUUAUCAGAUCUAAAGGUAUCGAAUAAUUUGAUAACAAGCUUGCCUGAAGAUCUUACAAACUGUUCGAAAUUGACAAAACUAGAUGUGGAGGGGAACAAGUUAACAGCUUUAUCUGAGAACUUGUUUGCAUCAUGUACAAUGCUUACGGAACUCAAUGCAUCAAAGAACGUGCUGAGUGGUAUACCAGAGAACAUUGGAUGCCUUAUGCGUCUCAUCCGUCUUGAUCUUCACCAGAACAGAAUUUCAUCAAUCCCACCAUCAAUAUCGGGUUGCUCUUCUCUAGCGGAAUUCUAUAUGGGGAAUAAUGCACUGUCAAUUUUAACUGAGGAAUUAGGUGCCCUUUCUCGUUUAGGGACAUUGGAUCUUCAUUCAAACCAGUUGAAGGAAUAUCCGGUAGGAGCAUGCAAGUUAUCUCUAUCAGUUCUGGAUCUUUCUAAUAAUUCGUUGACUGGAUUGCCCGCUGAGCUUGGCAAGAUGACUACGUUACGAAAACUUUUGCUCAGUGGCAACCCUUUGCGAACUCUAAGAAGUUCACUGGUUUCAGGACCUACACCAGCUUUAUUGAGAUAUCUUAGAAGCCGACUUUCCGAGGCUGAAGAUUCAGGAGCUAAAACCCCUGCCAAAGAGGAAGUAGUCACUAUGGCAGCUCGAUUGUCCCUCACUUCAAAGGAACUUUCGCUGGAAGGCAUGGGCUUAAGCGUUGUCCCAUCUGAGGCAUGGGAAUCAGGUGAAAUCAUAAAACUCAAUCUUUCCAAAAAUUCUAUCCAAGAACUGCCAGUUGAACUCUCCUCAUGUUCAUCCCUUCAGACUUUGGUUUUAUCUAGGAACAAUAUUAAGGACUGGCCGGUUGCAAUUUUGAAGUCACUUCCCAAUCUUUCUUGUUUGAAGUUGGAUGGUAAUCCACUAAGACAGAUUCCAUCUGAUGGAUUCCAAGCAAUCUCUAUGAUCCAAAUACUAGAUAUAAGUGGUAAUGCCACUUCAUUACCUGAGAAUCCAGCAUUUUCCAACUUACCACACUUGAAGGAGCUUUAUUUGAGACGAAUGCAGCUACGAGAAGUCCCAUCAGAAAUAAUGAGCUUAUGGCAGCUGCAAAUCCUAGGCUUGAGUCAAAAUUCCCUUCAAUCAAUCCCGGAUGGAUUUAAGAACCUUACUUCUCUCACUGAGCUAGACUUGUCUGACAAUAACAUUUCCACACUUCCUCCAGAACUGGGUCUGCUUGAACCAAGUCUCCAGGUUUUGAGACUUGAUGGUAAUCCAUUGAGAAGCAUAAGGAGGCCAAUUUUAGACAGGGGAACCAAAGCUGUUUUGAAAUAUUUGAAAGACAAACUUCCGGAGCAAUAAGGACAGCAUGCAACUCUGUCGUUUAUGUUUGUUUGAAAGCUUGAUCUCAAGUGGUGAAGCUGUUGAGUUUCUUGAUUUAAGCUGAGACAGGGAGAAUGUAAUAUAAGUACAAAAAUAGCGGUCGUAAGCUCCUUUUCUGUCGUAUUUAAUUCAUCAUGGCUGUGGAUGUAAUGGAUACUAUUACAGUCAAAUGCAGUACACAUUGGUAGCAGUGAGAGCCGAAACCCGUAAAACACGAACGUACUGGAGCCUCAUGCUUUGUAUGUUUUAACCCUAUCCCCUUUUAUUGGCUUGGAGAGUGUUAGGGUUGAGUGUUUAAUUGUUUGAAACAUACAUUAUACAGGAGAUUGUUCUCAUUUGCUUGGUUUGCAGUAACCCCACCUUUCUUGGUGUUCGUA